CUAUAUUCAAAACCACCAUGGGCCAUUUUACAACGCACAUGUCUUGCAUUAUCUAAGGUACUUACUUACCUUAGGUACUAAUAUCACCCCUCCCUCCCGUCAGCGCCCGCCCUCGAGAGCAUUUUGCUCUCACACCUCUCAUUCAACAUGCCGGCCAUGGACAAUUACACAUCCCUCAUCGCCUCCCCGAUGACGGUCGCGCAGCGGAAACAUCUGCUCAAACAACUACAAGAUCCUUCCACCAUAUCCAGUCUCCGCAGGCCAGAGAUACUCAUGGACUUCUUCGUCGACAGCCUCGAUAUGGGGGACCUCGCACUCGCUGUGCCCGCGCUCACAGGUCUCUUUCACUUGAUCACAACCCGCAACCUCGACUACCCAGCAUUCUAUCCCCGACUCUAUGCCUUACUGGACAAGGACCUUCUGCACAGUAAAUAUCGCUCGCGCGUCUUGCGACAUCUAGACGUCUUCUUAUCACCGACAAACCACCUGCCCGCUGCCACGGUUGCGAGCUUCAUUAAGCGUCUUUCACGGCUGUGUCUAUUCGCACCACCUUCUGCCAUUGUCGCCAUCAUUCCCUUCAUUUACAACCUCCUCAAGACACACCCAACCACCACCUUUAUGAUCCACAGAAACCCAUACCCCCCAUACACAAAGUUCAAGUACAACCUAGGCAACGAUCCCUACGAUCCCACCGAACCAGAUCCUCAACUCACUGGCGCAAUUGACAGUUCGUUGUGGGAACUUGAGACCUGCCAGUCCCACUACCACCCUACCGUCGCGAGCAUAGCGAGAAUCAUAUCUGAACAGUUUACCAAGCAACAAUACAAUUUGGAAGACUUUCUGGAUCAUGGCUAUGCGAGCAUGAUGGAGAGCGAGUUCAAGAAGAAGGAUAAGAAACCGCCUGUGGUGGAGUACAAGAUACCCAAGAGGAUCUUCUCAGAUGCAAGCGACGAUGUGGCCGAGAAUGAGAAGGGAGACGACCCUUUGAUGGAUCUGUGGACCUUUGAGUGACCUCAAAUACAGGACUUGGGCAUUCCAGCCCAUGGGCCGACUUACGAAUUUUCUUCUCUAACGAUAUUAAUCAUGGAGCAUUUCUGGUAUACCUCAGCAGAUACAACAUAGAAUUGGAUGAGGAUGGAAAUCAAUUUUAGCGACCUUUCUUGCGCAUGGAUAGCAUGAUAGAUGGGCAUUCCUGUAGAAGGAAUAACAACUAGCCCACGUAUUAUCACGUCGUUCAAGGUUGUCAGGGGUCACUGGGGUUGAAGAUACAAGUCAAGGACAGCCUGUGACAUGAUAGUAUUAUAGAUAGACCCAUUGACAACUCGACGGUGAUACUAUGCACUCUUCUUCCUAGGGAACCCAGU